AUGCUCUACAUUGCCCUAAGACAGAACACAAGAGACAAUUUGGCAAGCGGAUGUAUAACUGUUGGUGAUGCCGGCAUAAUGGACUCAGAUACAGUAAAACUGGCCAUUACGGUGAAAUUGUUCGGCCAACUCAUGCAAUGGACAUCAAAGUUUACUCGCGCCCGAGGUCUCAGAGCCUUUUCGGGGAUAGCAUGGGGACCCCGGAAUGUGGUAUUUGAUAAUCACAACCAGGCAGUUGGACUGCUUUUCAGCGGUGGUGAGGCCACUCCAAUCAGCUAUUUUACUCAUUGGCGUGAUUUGGCGAAGCACAUUGUUCUGGUUACCAGGCAUGAGCUUUUUUUGCUCAAUACCUUCCACGCGAGCAGGAUGUGCUUGAGGAUAACAGAGUUUUAUUUUCACCCUUAUUUGAUUAGCAUGCCUGACCCACACGAGAAUGACCCUGGCUGUUGCACGCUGGGCUCUCACGAAACCUUCUGA